AUGAAGUUUGGACAUAAUCUACCCCGUAAUCAGGUCCCGGAAUGGGCGGCGAACUACAUCAACUAUAAAGGCCUCAAGAAGCUUAUCAAGAAUGCUGCUGAAGCUUCCAAGGAUGGCUCCGCUCCGGAUCUUGCUGAGUUCUUCUUCUCGCUCGAUCGUAACCUCGAAGACGUCGAUAACUUCUACAACCGCAAAUAUGCCGAGAACGCGCGACGGUUACGACUUCUGCAUGGCCGCUAUGGACGAGUCGCACAAUUACCCGAGGGUAUCGAUAAGGACGAAGCGCAAGAUCUCAUGGGCGCGCUGCUUGAAUUGCGUGGAUCAAUGCGGAAGCUUCAAUGGUAUGGAGAAGUGAAUCGCCGGGGGUUCAUCAAAAUCACGAAGAAGCUUGACAAGAAAAUCGAGACUGUUUGCCUUCAGGAACGCUACCUAGCGUCAAAAGUCAAUCCGAAGCCCUUUGCGCACAACUUGCCUUUGAACCAGGAUAUGAAGGCGGUCAAUGAGUGGCUAUCGGGACUGAGCGACAUCAAGACAUUCGACGAUACAGGCUCUACACAUUCUGCUGCUUCCUUGGGCAGAGUCCCAGGUCGCUCGCUACACCUUCCUUCGGGCCUUUUGGACGCUGUGGACACGGCUAUCCGUGCUGACAAGGUCAACGAUCUCAAUGAGCAACUCGCAGAAGUCGUCAAAAGUAACGGUGUAUCUAGUUCCUCGGUUCAGCAAGUGCUCUUGAACUUCUUGCAGCGCGCUAUCUCGUGUCGAGCAAAGUCCUGUAUUGAGAGGCUGCUGCAAGAUAUUAUCUCACUAGAGGAGGAAGACGAUAUCAACAAGCGCAACUGUAUCCACCGACUUGUCAUCAACAUUGGUCGUUCAAAGACUGGCGACACUUUUGGAGCUGACGGAACUCUCCUCCAGAGCUCGAGUGAAACACGGAACUUCAUAGUACCUGCUACGGAUCCCAAUCGCCAGCCUCGUCCUUGUACUACCACCGAAGAAGAGUCAACGCAGCUACUCAGCGAGAAUGACGAAUCGGUGCAACUACUCAUCUAUCUACUCGACCAACUUCGUGCUGAGCAGCGCAUCGCGCUCCAGUCUCGUGACUCGUAUGGCAGGUUCCCGCUCCAUUAUGCUGCACAGUAUGGCUUCGUAGUCAUUUGCCAGGUCGUCAUGAAGCACAUGCAAGACUGGGGCCAGUUCGAUGUCGCUCAAGGUAUUGACUCCGACUACUGGCAGGAUGCAGAGGGCAACGCUCCUCUACAUCUUAGCGUCAUGGGCGGACAUCCCCUUACCACCAAAGCUCUACUUGAAGCAGAAAACUGGCGUGGUGCCACAGAAGAGCGACUAGCAUGUCGGAAAGCCAUUGCGCGAUCAGGUGCAGCUUUGACUUUAGCGACUCAGGCGAAUUUCGUAGAGAUCGUCAAGCUCUUAGUCGAAGCUGGUGUGGACGUCAACUAUCAGGAUGAAGGUGGUGAGACCGCAUUACAUAUGGCAGCACGCUAUGGGUAUGACAAGUGCGCCCAAGUCCUACUGAAAGGAUCCAGCAAGAACAAGGCGGAAGUGGACGUGACCGAGAAGACGUUUGCUUGGACACCAUUGUUCAUCGCUUGCGUUGACGACCAUCUUUCCAUGGUCGAGAUUUUGGCUGCUGCCGGAGCUGACUUGCAAAAGUGUGACAACUCUGGUUGGACAGCAAAGGAGCAUGCCGCGCUCCGUGGUCACAUGGAGAUAGCAGCAAGGCUAGCAGAACUUACGCCCACCACAGAAUCGCAUCUCGUUGCGCCUACGGAUACACGUAUCGCCCGAGCUGGGUCGCCUACUCAAUCUUCACUUGAUGAGCGAAGAUCCAAGAACCUGAACCGAGACAACAACACCGCUAUGCAGAAGGCCCCCGAACCUGUCAAGACUUUUGGCCAUCGUUAUUUGACUAAAGAAACCAUGGUUCUCGUCAGCCUCGGGUCUAUGGACAUUAGGAAGGACACGCCUGCGGUAAAGCUGGAUGACAUUCCCCUUGCUGAUGCGCAUGCGACGCAACUUGACACUGCUUUGUCAGUGGUUGUGAACGCAUCUGGUGCUACUGGAGAACCUACGGUGAUCGACUUGCCCAUCCAGGAGAAUAUCGCGACUGAGCCUAUAACUUUUAUGACUAGCGAUGUUACCAAGGUCAAGCUGUUGUUCGACAUCAUCCCGACAUACGCCGGCAAUCAAGAGCGUGUUGUGGGACGGGCAGUGGCAUUGCUGUCAACUAUCAAGACCAGUAUUGGAUCCAAGCGUAUAUCACUCCAGGGAGACAUGAAGGUACCGAUCGUGGCGGCCUCCACGUUGGACGUGAUCGGCACUGUUAAUUUCAACUUCCUGAUCAUUACGCCCUUCCACCACCCAGCUAUGUCGGUCACAGAGCAGCACACCUACUGGAAGAAGAUGGCAGCUACAACCAUGGUCAUUGGCCACCGCGGUCUGGGAAAGAACACAGCCUCACGUACGUCACUGCAACUCGGAGAGAACACAAUACAGUCGUUCAUCUCUGCUGCAAAUUUGGGUGCGGAAUACGUAGAGUUUGACGUUCAGUUGACAAAGGACCACGUGCCGGUCAUCUACCACGAUUUCCUCGUCAGCGAGACUGGUAUCGACGCACCUGUACACACACUCACACUGGAUCAAUUCCUUCACAUUGGCGAGGGCCAAAAGCCACGAUCUUCUCGCGCCGGUUCACCAGAAACGGUCCCAGUUCCCAACGGUACGAAUGGCACGGAUGACCGCCCUAACACACGGAGACUUCGAUCGUACUCGGUCGACAACUCGAAGCAGCGCAACAUUCAUACAGAUCGCCAAAACGAGCUCACUGAGCGUAUGAAGUACACCCGCGAUUUCAAGAAGAAGGGUUUCAAGGGCAACAGUCGUGGUAAUUCUAUUCAGUCUUCCUUCACGACUCUAGAGCGCAUGUUCGAUGAGCUGCCUGAAUCGGUUGGUUUCAACGUCGAAAUGAAGUACCCCAUGCUUCAUGAGUCUGAAGAAGAGGAGAUGGAUCAGUAUGCUGUCGAGCUGAAUUCCUUUGUCGACACCGUGUUGGAGAAAGUGUACGACAAGAUGGGCAAGCGAAACAUCAUCUUCUCGUCUUUCAAUCCGGACAUCUGCCUGAUGCUUUCAUUCAAGCAACCUUCGAUUCCAGUGCUGUUCCUUACCGAUGCCGGUACCUCGCCCGUCGGAGACGUGCGAGCAGCCAGUUUGCAAGAAGCCAUCCGAUUCGCUAGUCGAUGGAACCUGCUGGGCGUAGUCAGCGCCGCGACGCCUCUGGUCAUGUGCCCAAGACUGGUCAAGGUGGUAAAGGAAAGCGGUUUAGUAUGUGUCUCAUAUGGCAUGCUAAAUAACGACCCAAAGAACGUUCUGCUCCAACGAAACGAAGGCAUCGACGCCGUCAUUGUCGACAGCGUUCUCAAAGUCCGCCAAGGACUCCAGGAUCCAAAUCAGGAUUCUACCACCAAUGGCGCUGUCAAUGGCACAUCGCUUGUCGUUCCGUCUGAAUCCGUACCGACGAUUCAGGAGGCGAGUGAAUCGUUGCAGAAUGGCCAUGACAACAAGGAAGUGCCAGCAGCAGCAGCGGCGCAAAAAGUAGUUUGA